UUAGGUUUCAUCCACUCACCUCAAGAUUCUGUCCCUUGAAGUUCACUCUUAUCCACGUCUAAAAAGAAAUACGAAGGGAUGUGGAACUUCACCGCCUGUUGUUCGGACUCGGGGUGCUCCCUGUGCACGAGUGUAUGUGUAUCUCCAGGCCGGGGCUAGUUCCUCUGAGCUGGCGCCUCGCACAGAAGAACAGAUGACUUGAAGCAUCAACGUCAGAGAGGAGUGGAUUUAACUUGGCGCUAAACCCCCAGCUUCACCGCCCCUUUAUAGUCUCAUUUCAACUCAAUUCACCACCGUUUUCACACAGGUGGCUCCACAAGACGGGACCAUGAAGUUUUUGGACCUUUUUGGGCGACUAAAAUCCGUGGUUAUUGGGAUGAUUCAUGUUAAAGCCUUACCAGGCACACCCCUGGGUUGUAUGAAAAUGUCCCAAAUCACCGAAGAAGCAUGCAGGGAGGCAGCCAUCUACCGUGAUGCAGGGAUUGAUGGUGUGAUCAUUGAGAACAUGCAUGAUAUCCCUUACUCGUUCUCUGUGGGCCCCGAGGUGUCUGCCUGUAUGACUGCAGUAUGCGCUGCAGUGAGAAGCAUCUGUCCAGGCCUGCCGCUUGGAGUGCAGAUCCUGUCUGCUGCUAACCAGCAGGCUCUGGCCGUAGCUCUGGCUUCAGGUCUUGAUUUCAUCAGGGCUGAGGGUUUCGUCUUCUCUCACGUGGCUGAUGAGGGUCUCCUGAACGCCUGCGCCGGAGACUUGCUGAGAUAUCGCAAGCAGAUCGGAGCUGAGCACGUGCACAUCUUCACCGACAUCAAAAAGAAGCACAGCUCCCAUGCCCUGACAUCAGACGUGAGCAUCGAAGAGACGGCCCGUGCCGCCGAGUUCUUCCUCUCGGAUGGACUCAUCAUCACAGGAGCAGCCACCGGAAUGCAGGCGGACCCGCGGGAGCUCAGAGUUGCCACUGCUGUUUCUUUUGCAGACGUUUCCCAGUCUGUGAGAAUCCCAGUGCUGAUAGGUUCUGGAGUGACCUAUGACAACAUCGAACGCUACCUUGAUGCAAACGGGGUGAUCAUCGGCUCUCAUUUCAAGCAGGGUGGCCACUGGGCCAAUGCGGUCAACCCGGAGCAAGUGAAGAGGUUCAUGGGAAAGAUACGCAAGCUUUGAAAAUGAGAGAGAGAGGUUUCCCUGUCGUCAUCACCAGUGCCUUAGACAUGCUUAGUGACUGUCUGUACUGCCUCAUUAAAACACAUACAGCCACCACCUUAAGAAAACAA